CUGAAACACGGACACCGUUCGGACUACUUGGACAACCAUUACCCGCCGCUAAAUUUGCUCAUCGCUCACUUCAAGUACACGGAGUUAUCGAAGAUCAUCGAAGAUGAUGAGGAGACACGGAGGUGGUGGAGGCUCGCAGAUAGAACGCAUAAGAGCUGCGAUAUGAGCCGGAAGGAGAUCCCUUGGUGGACGGACGUCGAAGAAGUCUUCCGCUUCGAAGGAGGCUCUUAA